AUGGUUGACCUGGCCAAGAUCCUCAUGUGGAUGACGGACAACCUGGGUCUGCACAGUAGUCACACAUCCUUCCAAAGGCUGUCACAGACUGCGCUCAACCUGGACAGGGAGUUGGAUGACUGGAAGUCUGGUUUACCAAGACAGCUCCGAUUUGACACAUCAUCACUGGAAGACAGCGAAUUCGCCAUGAAGCAAAAGACUGUCCUCAAGCUACGAUUCCUGAACGCCAGGAUACUCCUUCACCGACAGUUCAUCAUCUCAAAGACGCAAGAAGCGGACCGUAACACCGUCGCGCGACAUGUCACCUCGUGCGUCAAAGCUGCCACCGAGACCAUCAAGUUCAUGCACACAAGCUACCUUCACCGACCUUACUUCAGGACAUGGUGGUACAACUGCAUGUACCUUCUAGACGCCUGCAUGGUCCUGCUCCACGUCCUAAUUUCAAACAUCUGUCCCUUCCCCGCCGAAGAGGUUAUGGAAAACAUCGAGCUGAGCCUCGACAUCUUCAAGGCAAUGAAAAUGCUCGCAGUAGCCAGACGAUGCGCCGAUAUUGUCAAAGAACUGCUCAAUGUCGCCGCGAAAACACAUUCAGUACAGCAGCGUCAGACGAGCGUGGCUACAGAAGACGAACCCGCGCUUAGGAUGCAUGAUGACCUUAGCCAGAUGAUCCAGACUUCUCCUGCAUUCAUGUCAGAUGGAAUUGGCCUCCAUCCUGGGGACACCGAGCUUGGAGACGCCAUGAUCCCCGGGGACUUUGAUGCGAACUUGGUGGAUCCGAAUGUUGUCUGGAACUUUUUGAAUUUUGAGCAUUGGAAUGCAUGGUCUGAUGCAGCUUUCAGGUGA